AGUUUUAAAAUCAACCAAAAGGAGAAGAAAGAAAAUUGGAGAAAAAAAAAGAGCAGGGAUCGUACAGUUUGGAACUAUGCAAGGAAGAAACUGAAGAUUUUCUUCGUUGUCAAGACGGGUUCGCUUCCAGCCAGCGUCGCAUUCACAUACGAAGUUAAACGGAGACCCAAUUGCUGUCUUGCAAGUUCCUUUCCCACACUCCACUUCAUUGCAUAG